GUAACGUCUCCUCAUCACACUAGACCUUACUGCUACCCUUUUGGAGGAGAAUCCAUUCUAGAGCUAUCAACAACUGCACCAUGGACCCUCUUGUCCCAGACAUAGACCCCGUGCUCCGGGAGAUGCUUGUCCAAAUCCUCCACGGGGAAUUCUUCACCUUUUUCGGCCGGUACUGGGUUGAGAUAGACGAUGAUAGGGAGAACAACCCCGACGAGGGCCGCCAAGAGCGCAUCGCACAAAUCCUGACAGUCGAGGCCUGGCGACUAGUACGGCGGGUCCGUACUUUGUUCGGCAAUCUGGAAGCGGAAGAGUAUAUCCCUCAUGAGCUACAAGCAACUUUUCCAGAGGAGCUUGGUCCGGCUGUAGCGUUCUUGAGGGUGUUGCUUCGCCUCCACUUUGGCGAUAGGGCUGAUGAGGGGUUUCAGCCGGAGGAGGCAGACCACUACAUUUCUGACGAGAGCUCCGACGAUGACGACGGGUGGCUUAUUGAGGCCAUACAGAAUCGGGCCAUACAAAAUCCCGUCCGGCGUCAAGAUGUGGUCGCCCUUGAAUCUCGCGUGCGGAACUUGGUGCGCGAGAGGCAGAGAGGCCUUCUAAGUGACCACAUCGCCGCGUUAGCCUCUCCAGGUCUCGAUGGGGCCGCCAGUGGUGAGUCCAAUAACCCCUGGUUCAACCUGGAAACUGCUGACGAGUUCUACUGGCCGAAUAUUCCCAACUGGCUCUUUUCACAUCGCCGUGCGCCAAAGCCAGCUGCUACCUGUGGCAUCUGCUACAGGAGGGUGAAAAUCCUUGGUCCUUCCGAGCAGCCAGACCUAGUCGAGUUGGAGGACGACCCCUUGGAGGUCUGCACCGUCUUGCAGUGCGGCCAUAUCUAUGGCGACGAAUGCAUCGCUGCAUGGCUCCGUACAAAGUACAAACACCUCGAUGAGCUCAACCAGGUGGACCAGAUCCAGUGCCCGGUGUGCAAGGGAAAAUUCUGAGCCUUGUGCUCUAUGACCGCCUGAUGGGAAUCUACGUAGCCUACUAGUAGCUACCUAGCCAGUCAACU